AUGCAAACUCGUAGUAAAUCCAAAAGUAGCAGACAAACAACUACCAUAAGAAGCAUUGUCAUCAUAGCACCUGAUCGAAUCCAUUCAACUAUAUUUGAUUCAAACGAUAUCGUUCAUCACCAAAAUAACAAUAACAACAACGGCAACGACAACCACGACGAUGAUACCAGUUUAAAAGAACAACAAAAAGAAAUAGAAGAAGAAGAAGAAGAAGAAGAAGAAGAAAAGAAUAUUAUCAAUAAUAAUAGCAAUAAUAUUACGACGAAUAUGGAGGUUGGAGCAGCAACAUCAGCAGCUACAACCAAGCGUUCACCACCUAUAUCACCUCCGCUGAUGCCUACUAGAAAGAGAAUGGCAGCUGCAAGCGCAACAACGACAUCAGCUGCAAGGAAUAAUAGUAGUAGUCGGAGAGGAGGAAAAAAGGGUUCGCCUUCAUCUUACAAGGGACGAAGAAAAGAAGAAGCAGAGGCAGUACAAUCACAUGAUUCAACUGGAGAAGAGCAAGAAGUAGAGGAAGGAGAGGGAGAAGAAGAGGAGGAAGAGUCAAGCGAGUUUGAAUCAUCUGAAUCAGAACCAGAAAGAAAAUUGAAUGGAAAGUUUAUUGUACCUCCUGCAUUCUCUACCAAGACACGUAGAGGUAGUGCAACAUUAAAAUUGGAGAAUGGAAUCAAUGAUCAUUUACAUAAUAGAUCUUCAUUGUCUUUAUUACCAAAUCAUCAUCAUAUUCAACAAAAAAAUAAUAGUAAUAAUAAUAAUAAUAAUAAUAAUAAUAAUCAAAAUCAAUUAUUAUUAUUACAACAACAAAGAAGAGGAGGAGGAGGAGAAGAAGAAGAAGAAACCAAUAAUGAUGAAGAAGAUAUACAUUUUGCAAGUUUGGGAUUUGUUCGUUGUACACAUUUAAAGUAUUUAAAGAUGGAUCAGUGCAAGGACAAAUUGUUUGAUACUGUGCAUUGGAAAUGUGGUGGUUGCAACGUGCCAUUGUCGACACAGGAUAUAUUGAUAUGUCUGACGUGUGGUAUGAUUGGAUGUUGCACAUUCAAAAAACACAUGCAACAGCAUUUCAGAGAGACGGGUCAUCCGUUGGCACUAGAGAUACACCAGCAGUACAAAAACUGCUAUUGCUUCCAAUGCAAGAAUUUUGUGCGCAAUGAUAAUGCGUCUGGCGACAUUGAAGUGCUUCGUCAGAUUGUAUACAACACUGCAUUCGAGUCUCUAAAAUCACGUGUUGUUACCACUUCUGACAAUGUCGAGCAAACCAUAUGUCAAGACGAUAUCGAAGAGACUGCAUUAAACCAUUUCCAAAUGUCUCUUACCAGACGAUUCUUUUCAGUUUGGAAAGAUAUCAUUAAAGAGAGGAAAUCGAUUUCCUCUCUAAUGCCACCACCAAACUUUAUUCCAACUCAUUAUCUAUUACAACAACAACAAUUGCAACGUACUCGAAAUAUCAAUAACAAUAAUAAUAAUAAUUGUCAAGACCCUAAUCUAUAUUCAAUUACGAUACCCGAUAAUUCAUCGAUUUUAACACCCUCUAGAAGCAGCAACCAUUCAUCAUCAGCUGACCGAUCAUCAUCCACCUCACCAUUUUCCUCACCUUCCAUUUCAUCUGCCGGCAUUGAUGAAGAUCUCGACGACGACGUAUUACCAUCGUCAGUAGACCAUUAUAAUAUAUGUAAACGACUCAAUUUUGAAAAGGAAUUAUCAGAAUCUUCAUCAUCAUCACCACCCUCUUCCUCCUCCUCCUCAUCUGCGUUAAUACCUACUCUUAUGAUUUCAGAAAAUGAUAAUAGUAGUCAUGGUCAUUGUUUGGAAGAACAAUAUGAUAGAUCACCAUCAAAUUUGGCAGCAUCAAAUAUGAAUGUUCCAUCAUCUCCAUCAUCGUCGCACUCAAUGUUACCACCAUCACCUCUAUUGGAAUCAAAUAAUCUAGAACUUUCACCAUCAACACAUGCCAUCAAACCACCUUCGAGUAACAAAAAUUAUUCAUCAACCUAUCUCAUGAGCAAGGUGGCAUCUUCACCCGUUAAAAAGAAUGGAAUCAUACCCGGUGUCACAGGAUUGCGUAAUCUUGGCAACACCUGCUUUAUGAACACCAUCUUGCAAUCUCUUAGCAAUAUACCCGAGUUUAGAACCUUUUUCGUUCAAUUGCGCAACACAGUCUCAGUGGAUCCACUUUCUAGUAUCAAGAGACAUUCUACCAUUGACUGUUUAAAUCUUAUGAAAAAACAAAGAUCAUCAAAUUCAAAUUCAAAUUUAUCAGAUUUAGUAUUGUGGUCGGGCAAGUGGAGUGUAGUGACUCCAUCAUCCCUACUCGAAUCGGUUUGGAAGUUUAUUCCAAAGUUUAAAAAUUAUCAACAACAAGAUGCUCAAGAGUUUUUUUCCUAUCUUUUGGAUUGUAUAUCAAUAGAAUUGGAGAAAAAUAACAAUAACAAUAAUAAUGAAAACAAUGGAGAUGACGACGAUAAAAAAUCAUCUCAAGGAACCAAAAAGAGAUCAUCCAUUGAAACAGUGCAAAAAUCAUAUAGACCAUUCACCACUAGAAAGAAAAAUAGAACUUCUAAAACAAAUGAAAGUAGUAGGAGUGAUGAUGAGCAACUAAUGAAAAUAGAUAAUAAUAAUCAUAUAAACUCUAAUAAUAAUAAUCAUCUAGAAUCUUUAGAACAUCAAGAACAACAAGAACAAUUACAACUCAAACAAGAAGAAUCAAUUGAUCAAAUGACAUUGAUACCACCACCACCGUCACCGCCACCACCUUUAUUACAAUCAAUCUCUGAAAAUAAUAAUAAUAAUAAUGACAAGAAUAAUGAAGAAAAUAAUAAUAAUAAUAAUGAUCAUAAUAUUGAGAAUAGAGAGAAUAUUCCAGUUUCAACUUCACCAACAUUGGUUGAAUCAUCUAUAAAAAAUGGAUUGGAAAAGAAAAAGGAAGAUGAUAUAGUUUCCAAAUUAUUCCAAGGAAAAUUACAAAGCGAAAUUACUUGUCUCAAGUGUAACAGUCGAUUUUCAAGAAUCGAACCAUUUUUAGAACUGACUCUGGAUAUACCGGCUCCUCAACCACCGACACCCAAAAAGAGUCGAAGAGCAACAGCAGCGUCAGCCAAAAAUGCACAACCAACAGAGAAUGGUAGAGGUGCUCAAUCGUCGUCGUCGUCGUCAGCAUCAUCUGUCUGUUCACUUGAAGAUUGUUUGAAAUUUUUAAUUAAAACAGAGACCCUAGAAGGAAAGAUUUAUCGAUGUGAAAACUGUAAAGACUUACAAGAUGCCCAAAAACAAUUCUCUCUCAGUUCUCUUCCAAAUGUAUUAUGUAUAGUACUCAAAAGAUUUAGAUGGAGAGCAAAUCAUUGCUCUAAAAUCUCAACAGAGGUCACCUUUCCUUUUGAAAUGGAUCUUUCAAAAUAUAUUAUGGCAAAGGAAAAAAAUAGUCAAGAAAAUAAUAAUAAUAAUGAAAACAAUAAUAAUAAUAAUAAUAAUGACAAUAAUAAUAGUGAUGGUAAUAAUCAUAAUAAUUUAAAUGGUCAUAUGACAGAUAAUUUAACAGAUAGUACAAGUACCACAACUACAACUAGUACAACAACAACAACGACAACAACGGCAAAUGGUACAACAACAACUACUACACCAACAAUAACAGAAAAUGAAUCAUCAUCAUCAUCAAAACCCCCAGAGAAUUAUAGUUACGAAUUGGUCAAUGUUAUUAAUCAUCAUGGUUCUAGUUUAUUUGCUGGACAUUAUACGGCGUAUUGCUUUAAUGAUCAACAGGAAAUAUGGGUACACUACAAUGACAGUAAAGCAACCAUUGUAGAGGCCGAAGAAGUGAUUGAUUGCUCCAAAAAGACUGCAUAUAUUUUAUUCUAUCAAAAGAAAUCAUCAUUGUCUCAAGAUCAAGAACGACAUUUAAUGCAAUUUUAA